GCCCUCUGGGAAGUGGAGUCCUUCCGCCGGGACCCCCGACCUGGCGCGGUCGCCUCCAAGUGCGCAGAUGCGACUCCAGACGGAGCCUCAGGCUCGAGCCUUUUGUUCCCCCACAGCUCCGUGUGUCCGGAAAGCGACUCCGUCCUCCCCUCCGUCUUUCCCAGAGCGCAGCCCGGCGGGGACCCGCCUUGUGGCCGGAGCCGAGUGGGCAGCGCGUCCAGGGAACUUCAGAGUAGAGUUGAAUGAUUUUCACAAAGAAGCAGAUUAUGUAUUGUUGGAAAGUCCAUGUUUAUCUCAUCUGAAACAGCGAAUAAAGGAGAAAUCAUAGCAAUAACAGGACAAAAAAAGAGAAUCUAAUCAUGGAUUAUCUGACCAUUGAAGCUGAGGAAGAAGUCCUUCCAGCCAUUACUACCGAGGAUGCUUCUCUGCCCCAAAAACAGAACACGGAAGAAAUGGAACCCACUGUUGAGCUCCUUCCUGUUGAGUUCCAGGAAUUGGUGACAGUCAAGGAUGAGGAAAUGGACUUCAGUCAUGUGGAGGAAGAAGAGCUGAAUUCUGCCCAAAGGUACAUGGGCAUUGAUAUGAAAGUGGAGAAUUGUGGGAGCCUGGUAUUUUGGGAUUCCGAAUCUAUACCUGAAACUAAAGAAUCUUUUUCAAAGCAAGAACUUUAUGAAGAAGUGUCCUCCGAAAGAGAGCUGAUAAUAGAAAGACUUAAAAAGGUUGAGGCCUGGGACUCCAGAUUGAUAGAAGCCUGGCAAUGUGAAGGCACAUUAGAAAGGCAGCAAGGAAACCAGAAGGAAAAUUUAAGGGAAGCCAUAAUUAAACACAACAAAACCACUGUGGAGGAUUGUAAUGAAAUUGGGGAAAGUUCAAACCCAAUCAAACAUCGAAAUAUUUACUCAGUGAAAAAGCCUUGGAAGUGCAAUGAAUGUGGGAAGUUCUUCAGUUACUACUCAGCCUUUAUCCUACAUCAGAGAAUUCAUACUGGAGAGAAGCCUUAUGCAUGUACUGAGUGUGGAAAGGCCUUCAGUCGGAGCUCAUCACUUAUUCAGCAUCAGAGAAUUCACACGGGAGAAAAACCUUACGAGUGUAACAAAUGUGGGAAAGCCUUCAGUCAUCGGUCAGCCCUCAUUCAGCAUCAUAUCAUUCACACUGGAGAAAAGCCCUAUGAGUGCAAUGAAUGUGGGAAAGCCUUCAACCAAAGCACAUAUCUUAUUCAACACCACAGAAUCCAUACUGGAGAGAAACCCUAUAAAUGCAAGGAAUGUGGGAAAGCUUUCAAUGAUACUUCAUCCCUAAUUAAACAUCAAAGAGUUCAUACUGGAGAAAAACCUUAUGGAUGUAAAGAAUGUGGGAAAGCCUUUAGUGACAGGUCGGGCCUCACUCAACAUCGGAGAACUCAUACAGGGGAAAAGCCAUAUGAAUGCAGUGAAUGUGGGAAAGCUUUCAGCUACUGUUCAGCUCUUAUUCAACAUCAAGGAACCCAUACUGGGGAGAAACCUUACAAAUGUAACGAAUGUGGGAAAGCCUUCAGUGAUCGCUCAGCUCUCAUAAGACACCAAAGAAUUCAUACUGGGGAGAAACCUUACAAAUGUAAAGAAUGUGAGAAAGCCUUCAGCCAGAGCUCAUCUCUUACAAAGCAUCUGAGAACUCAUACUGGAGAGAAACCAUAUAAAUGCAGUGGUUGUGACAAAGCCUUCAGUCAGAGUUCAUCUCUUAUUCAACAUCAGAAAACCCAUACAGGAGAAAAACACUACAGAUGUAAGAAAUGUGAGAAAACCUUCAGUGUGCAUUCAGCCUUUUAUCAACAUAAAGAAAUUCAUGAUGAAUAGAAUGCAGUAAAUUCAUGAAAUAGUUAUGUAUUCUUGGGGCACCCAGCUGGCUCAAUAAGGCUGGCUCAAUGCAAUUCUGGAUAUUGGGGUCAUGAGUUCGAGUCCCAUGUUGGGCAGAGUUUACUUAAAAAAAGAAAAAAGAGGGGCACCUGGGUGGCUCAGUUGGUUAAGCAUCCGACUUCAGCUCAGGUCAUGAUCUUGCACUCCAUGAGAUUAAGCCCUACAUCAGCUCAGAGCCUAGAGCUUGCUUCAGAUUCUGUGUCUCCCUCUCUCUCUGCCCCUUUCCUGCUGGCACUCUUUCUCUCUUAAAAGUAAACAUUAAAAAAAGAAAAAGAAUUAUGUAUUCUCUACUGAUCAUGUAGACCUGUGUUCUAAAUAUUACAGGGUACUACAAAAAUGUAUGAGGCUGCAUCAUGCAAAAAAUAGCUCUCUUCCUUGAAAUGGUAUUAGGUAUGGGAAGAGGACAAGAGGUAUAGUAACAGAACCCAAGAAGCUGAAGAGUGGAGAAUUCCUAGGGGAGCACAGAAGGAGAAGUUCUGGUUAAGUCAGAGAAAAGAGAUUAAGGAGCUAAGCAUCUAAUAUCAGUAGAAAAACUAAUCCAAGCAGCAGACUUAACAGUACUUGAGGCUGAUGGCUCUCUAAAUAGUAGUUUCAACCUGAAGCCAAGUGUGGAGGAUCAGGAUCCCAAAGAGGAAAAUCACCAGGAUGUUUCUCUAGGAAAAAAAAGAGGAAGAAAAAUAUCUAAGCCUAGGAAAUCCUCCUUUUCUCUGUCCCUGCACUCCACUUGUUCACUUGAACAUUUGCAAACAUUUACACCAUUGCUUAUUAAUCCUGGGUGUACACUGAAAUCAUCUGAAAAAUACCUGGGUCUCAGUCCUAGAGAUUCUGAUUAAAUUUGGCCUGGGGUGUAGCCUGGGCAUCAGGAAUUUAAAAACUCCUCAGGUAGUUCCAAUAUGCAGCCAAGAUUAAGAACCACUGAUCUAGGCUCUUAGUGCACAAGGAUCAAGUCAAUAAGGAAGGAUAAUAACAACCCACGUUCAUUCUCGGGAGCUCUCUGUGUCCUUGUUUCUGCCUUUUCUUUCUCUUGCCAAUGAUAUAAUGUCAUCUUU